GUGAAAUCCGAGCGGAGCGGAAGUUGUCAGUUAGCAUCCCGUAGCUAAAUCUACAGUGUGUGUGUCUGUGUGUGUGUGUUCAGGUGUGUGUGUGUGUCCAGGUGUGAACAUGUUACCUUUAUCUGUGAAAGACGAUGAGUACAAACCCGCUAAAUUCAACCUGCUGGUGAAGCUGUCGGGAUGGUUCAGGUCGAUACUCGCGGACAAAACGUCCCGGAAUCUGUUCUUCUUUCUCUGCCUCAACCUGUCCUUCGCAUUCGUGGAGCUUUCAUACGGCAUCUGGAGCAACAGUUUAGGUCUGAUCUCCGACUCCUUCCACAUGUUCUUCGACUGCACGGCUCUCCUCGCAGGUCUGGCAGCUUCAGUCAUCUCCAGGUGGAGAUCCAACGACAGCUUCUCCUAUGGGUACGUCAGAGCUGAGGUUCUGGCCGGCUUCGUGAACGGACUCUUUCUGAUCUUCACCGCCUUCUUCAUCUUCUCCGAAGGGGUCGAGAGGGCACUGGAGCCUCCUAAUGUUAACCACGACCGCCUGCUUCCUGUCUCUAUUGCUGGUCUGCUGGUGAACCUGGUGGGGAUCUUUGUGUUCCAGCACGGAGGCCACGGGCACUCUCACGGAGGGGAAGAUCACGGCCACAGCCACUCUCUGUUUAACGGCAGUGCAAAUCAAGGACACAGCCACGGAGGAAAGGACCACGGAGGAAAGGACCACGGAGGAAAGGACCACGGAGGAAACGAUGGACACGGACACAGCCACGGAGGAAACGAUGGACACGGACACAGCCACGGAGGACACGGACACAGCCACGACAGCCAUGACGAUGCACACUGUCACGACCAGCUGACUCCGGGGAAAGGAGCCAGUAAACAGAUCCUUCAGGGCGUGCUGCUACACAUCAUCGCUGACACUCUGGGCAGUGUUGGAGUGAUCAUCUCAGCUCUCCUGAUGCAGAGAUACGACCUGAUGAUCGCUGACCCGAUCUGCUCCAUGCUCAUCUCCCUGCUCAUCGGAGUCAGCGUUAUUCCGUUACUGAAGGAGUCCAUCGGGAUCCUGAUGCAGCGAACGCCUCCCUCUCUGGACCAGAAGCUGCCCGAGAGCUACCAGAGGGUGCAGCAGCUGCAGGGCGUUUACAACCUGCAGGAUCCUCACUUCUGGACUUUGUGUACGGACGUUUACAUCGGGACGUUAAAACUGCUGGUCGCUCCUGAUGCCGACACACGCUGGAUCCUCAGCCAGACGCACAACAUCUUCACACAGGCUGGAGUUCGGCAGCUGUACGUUCAGAUUGAGACGGCCUCCAUGUAGAAGCCCCGCCUCCUCUGAACACCUGGGACCAAUCACCUUUCAGUCUGCUGCAGGUGACCUCUGACCCCCCCCCCCCCCACCACCUCCUCCCAGAGUCAAUGAAGGACAGACGGCGUGGGGGGGGGCAGUGAGACUGAACUACCAAGAUGCUCCAGCCAAAAAUAGCCCCUCUCCCCUAAUUUCUUUCUUUCUUUUUUUACUUACCUGACCCCCCCCAACCCUCGCUGCACUUUGUAGACUGGAGCAAAGCAUUCUGGGUAAGUGCCUUCAUCAUGAAUCCGAGACAAUUUGAGCCCCCCCUCCCCCUCCCUAUGACAUCACCGGCGUGUGAUGUCACUGUUUUUAAAACGUGCCAAAUCAUGUGACCAGACGGGGGGUUUCAGUCUUCUUUUUUUUCAACUGUAAUAAAUAAAUAAUUCUGUUUCUGA